AUGCCUAGGGAAAACCGUGACCCCGACUACUCCCUCCGUCUCAUCGCUGCCACAUCCAGCAUCCUCCUCUUCCUUUUGACACUUAUGGUUAUAUGGAUGGUGUUUUCUCCACACACCCCUGCCGUUAAAGUAACCUACCUCACUGUCAACAAAUUCAACAUCACACCCCGGGAGGAAUUAACGGCCGUGUUUAACGUCGAAGGUAUUCUCAGAAACCCUAACAUCGCACUAUCCUUCACGUACGAGAGGCUAACCCUAGCGCUCUGGUUCGGCAACUUUACCAUUUCCUCGGUGGUUGUUGAACCGCCUCCGUUCUCGAUCCGAGGUCAUACCCAUGCCCCGGUCCGAGCCCGGUUCGAGGUGGCGGGCAUGCAGAUACCUAACUGGGUGGCCAGUGAAAUCGCGGUGCAGCAACGUUUUCAUGGUGGGAUGGAUUUUGGAGCCAUGUUGGAUGCUAGGUUUAGGUACAAGUUUGGUAUGGAGAGCUCCAAGGUUUUCAGUAUCACGCUUCAGUGUUACCCACUGCGCGUUGAACUCCCUCUAAACGACAUCAUGAACAACGGAAGGUUGGUUGAACCUUCCGAUUGUUACGUAGUUUAA